ACGAUUCCUCCGGACCAGGAGCUGCUGGUCUGGUACGGAAACUCUCACAACACCUUCCUGGGAAUUCCUGGAAUUCCAGGAGGAGACGAAGAACAGAGCAAGAAGAACAAGACCGACGACUUCCACACCUGCGACGGCUCCUCCUCCUCCUCCUCCUCCUCCUCCUCCUCUUCCUCCUCCUCCAGUCUGGGCCGCAUGCGCUGCGUCAUCUGUCACCGCGGCUUCAACUCGCGCAGCAACCUGCGCUCGCACAUGCGCAUUCACACGCUGGACAAACCCUUCGUCUGCCGCUUCUGCAACCGCCGCUUCAGCCAGUCGUCCACGCUGAGGAACCACGUCCGGCUGCACACCGGCGAGCGCCCCUACAAGUGCCACGUCUGCCAGUCCGCGUACUCGCAGCUGGCCGGCCUGCGGGCGCACCAGAAGAGCGCGCGCCACCGGCCCACCGGGGACACCGGCGCCGCGGGGGGAGGCGUGGUGGUGCACGCCGCCCACUCCCCGCCUCCUCACCCGCCGCAGCUGACCGCCAUGCCUCACCCGGCGUCUCUGGUGCACCACAUACCUACCAUGGUGCUGUGA